UCUUACUUGACUCCUUGUACAACAUUUUCGAGAUACUAGUGAAGCUUCCAUCUCUGCCAAUUCGAAUCGUUCAUCCGUGUAUCUGAUCGUUACCAACUCGCAAGACCGAAUAUGGCUAAUCCACGGCAACGUCGUAAAGCCAAAUCAUCAACGCAUAAAGCCGUAUCCCACUCACGGCGUGCACAGAGACUCCUGAAGAAGAUGCCAGUGAUACGAGGUCCAAAAGCCUUGCAGGACGCUUGGGAUAAAUCAAAGACAGUUCACCAAAACUAUGCUGCACUGGGACUUCAAUUUGCCUUGACCCCCACGCAAUCAGGCGGAGUCGAACGGACAUUAGUCCCUCCAAAAGCUUCAGCUGAUGUUGAGUCAGUCUCUGUUACCCCCAAGUCAGUUGAGUCUGGCCCUUCGGCUAUACCCAAGGGGUUUGGAAGAAUUAUCCGUGACGAAUCUGGUAAUGUGAUACGAAUCGACCUUGCUGAAUCGGAGGAAAUCCAAAACACUGUACAAAAGACGGAUCUCCCAGAAGCAGAUGUAGAUGAGAAAACUAUGGGCGAUUGGGUCGGUUGUCUCAAUAAAGUACACCAUUCGAAUCGCACCAUGGAUGCACGAGAAGUAUCCUCGUCAUGUGUGCAGGGAACACAUGCGAUUGACGUGUUGGAGCAACUGUCGACUUCGGGCAGGGUGGUUGUGCGACACUCGUCGUGUGGAGAAAGAUCAUACCUGGCGCGUUUGAUCCAAAAAUAUGGCGAUAACUACGAGAGGAUGGCGAUAGAUCGCCGUCUAAAUCCUGAACAAAAGACAGUGGGUGAACUAAGAAGGGCGGUCGGUAAAGCGGGCGGGGUGGAGUCAUUCUGCUGACCGGUGGGCGUAUCAUCGCAGAUUGACAUGUUCAAAAAUGCAAUACAUGUUUGUAAACCUUCUCGAGCGGAGGGCGGCUCAGUAAUGUUGACGAGCGCCCGGUUAAACGGGGUCAACCGAGGCCGAUAUU